AUAUGUGAAAGAGGCCAAAGAAGCAGCUAAGAAUGGAGAUCUGGAAGCAGCAUUAAAAUUUUUCAAUUUGGCAAAGGACAUUUUUCCCAAUGAAAAGGUGCUGAGCAGAAUCCAAAAAAUACAGGAAGCCUUGGAGGAAUUGGCAGAACAGGGAGAUGAUGAAUUUACAGAUGUGUGCAACUCUGGCCUGCUGCUUUAUCGAGAACUGCACGACCAACUCUUUGAGCAUCAGAAGGAAGGUGUAGCUUUUCUCUAUAGCCUGUAUCGGGAUGGAAGAAAAGGUGGUAUUUUAGCUGAUGAUAUGGGAUUAGGGAAGACCGUUCAAAUAAUUGCUUUCCUUUCUGGUAUGUUUGAUGCUUCACUUGUGAAUCAUGUGCUGCUGAUCAUGCCAACCAAUCUUAUUAACACAUGGUUAAAAGAAUUUGUUAAGUGGACUCCAGGAAUGAGAGUCAAAACCUUUCAUGGUCCUAGCAAGGAUGAACGAACCAGAAACCUCAAUCGGAUUCAGCAAAGGAAUGGUGUCAUUAUCACUACAUACCAAAUGUUAAUCAAUAACUGGCAACAACUUUCAAGCUUUAGGGGCCAAGAGUUUCUGUGGGACUAUGUCAUCCUUGAUGAAGCACAUAAAAUAAAAACCUCAUCUACUAAGUCAGCAAUAUGUGCUCGUGCUGUUCCUGCAAGUAAUCGCCUCCUCCUCACAGGAACCCCAAUCCAGAAUAAUUUACGAGAACUAUGGUCCCUAUUUGAUUUUGCUUGUCAAGGAUCCCUGCUGGGAACAUUAAAAACUUUUAAAAUGGAGUAUGAAAAUCCUAUUACUAGAGCAAGAGAGAAGGAUGCUACCGCAGGGGAAAAAGCCUUGGGAUUUAAAAUAUCUGAAAACUUAAUGGCAAUCAUAAAACCCUAUUUUCUCAGGAGGACUAAAGAAGAAGUACAGAAGAAAACAAGCAACCCAGACGUCAAACUUAAUGAAAAUAAUCCAGAUGUUGAUGCCAUUUGUGAAAUGCCUUCCCUUUCCAGGAAAAAUGAUUUAAUUAUUUGGAUACGACUUGUGCCUUUACAAGAAGAAAUAUACAGGAAAUUUGUGUCUUUAGAUCAUAUCAAGGAAUUGCUAAUGGAGACGCAGUCACCUUUGGCUGAGCUAGGUGUCUUAAAGAAGCUGUGUGAUCAUCCUAGGCUGCUGUCUACACGGGCUUGUGGUUUGCUAAAUCUCAGGACUGUCACAUUCUCUGCUCGAGAUGAAAAUGAAGGGGAAGAUUCCCCAGACAUGGGCCAUAUUGAUCAAAUAAGUGAUGACACAUUGAUGGAAGAAUCUGGAAAAAUGAUAUUCCUAAUGGGCCUACUUAAGAGGCUGCGAGAUGAGGGACAUCAAACUCUGGUAUUUUCUCAGUCGAGGCAAAUUCUAAACAUUAUCGAACGCCUCUUAAAGAAUAGGCACUUUAAGACACUGCGAAUCGAUGGGACAGUUACUCAUCUUUUGGAACGAGAAAAAAGAAUUAACUUGUUCCAGCAAAAUAAAGAUUACUCUGUUUUUCUGCUUACCACUCAAGUAGGUGGUGUCGGUUUAACAUUAACUGCAGCAACUAGAGUGGUCAUUUUUGACCCUAGCUGGAAUCCUGCAACCGAUGCUCAAGCUGUGGAUAGAGUUUACAGAAUUGGACAAAAAGAAAAUGUUGUGGUUUACAGGCUAAUCACUUGUGGGACUGUAGAGGAAAAAAUAUACAGAAGACAGGUUUUCAAGGACUCAUUAAUAAGACAAACUACUGGUGAAAAAAAGAACCCUUUCCGAUAUUUUAGUAAACAAGAAUUAAGAGAACUCUUUACAAUCGAGGAUCUUCAGAACUCUGUAACCCAGCUGCAGCUUCAGUCUUUGCAUGCUGCUCAGAGGAAAUCUGAUACAAAACUAGAUGAACAUAUUGCCUACCUGCAGUCUUUGGGGAUAGCUGGAAUCUCUGACCAUGAUUUGAUGUACACAUGUGAUCUGUCUAUUAAAGAAGAGCUUGAUGUGGUAGAAAAAUCUCACUAUAUUCAACAAAGGGUUCAGAAAGCUCAAUUCCUUGUUGAAUUUGAGUCUCAAAAUAAAGAGCUCCUGAUGGAACAACAAAGAAAUAGAAAUGAGGGGGCCUGGCUAAGAGAACGUGUAUUUCCUUCUUCAACAAAGAAGAAAUGCCCUAAAUUGAAUAAACCACAGCCUCAGCCUUCACCUCUUAUAAGUACUCAUCAUACUCAGGAAGAAGAUAUCAGUUCCAAAAUGGCAAGUGUAGUUAUUGAUGAUCUGACCGAAGAGAGUGAGAAACAAGAUCUUUCCAGUAUAAAGAUGAAUGCUACCACCUUGCAAGAUGGUAGGCACCCAUGUGAAAGUACAUGCAGUGCUUACUCUAUAGCUACUUUAUCCAAGGGGUUUGGAAGUGUAGAAGUUUUUAUGAACUCUUCAUUGGGAAUGGAAAAAAGCUUUGCAACUAAAAAUGAAGCUCUACAAAAAGAGACAUUACAAGAGGGGCCUAAGCAGGAGGCACUGCAAGAGGAUCCUCUAGCAACUUUUAAUUAUUUACCCAGCAAAUCAACUAAAGCUGAUCUUGGGCCAAAUCUAGAUCAACUAAAGGAUGAUGAGAUUUUACAUCAUUGCAAUCCUUGGCCCAUUAUUUCCAUAACAAAUGAAAGUCAAAAUGCAGAAUCGAAUGUAUCCAUUAUUGAAAUAGCUGAUGACUUUUCAGCAUCCCAUAGUGUACUACAGGAUGCUCAAGCAAAUGAGGCCAAGUUGAAAGAGGAAGCUUCAGCAUCUUCACCACAGUAUGCAUGUGAUUUCAAUCUUUUCUUGGAAGACUCAGCAGACAACAGACAAAAUCUUUCCAGUCAGUCUUUAGAGCAUGUUGAAAAAGGAAAUAGAUUGUGUGGCUCUGCAGCUAAUUCCAGAGCAGGGUUUGUGCAUAGCAAAACAUGUCUCAGUUGGGAGUUUUCUAAGAAAGAUGAUGAACCAGAAGAAGUAGUAGUUAAAGCAAAAAUCAGAAGUAAAGCUGGAAGGAUUGUUUCAGAUGAUGAAGAUGAAGAUGAUUCUUUUAAAGAUACCUCAAACACAAACCCAUUCAACACAUCUCUCUUUCAAUUCUCAUGUGUGAAAAAAUUUGAUGCUUCAACUCCCAAAAAUGACAUCAGUCCACCAGGAAGGUUCUUUUCAUCUCAGAUACCCAGUAGUGUAAAUAAGUCUAUGAACUCAAGAAGAUCUCUGUCUUCUAGGAGGUCUCUUAUUAAUAUGGUUUUAGACCAUGUGGAGGAUAUGGAGGAAAGACUUGAUGACAGCAGUGAAGCAAAGGGUGCCGAAGAUUAUCCAGAAGAAGGGGCAGAGGAAAGCAGUGGCGAAGCCUCUCAAUGUACAGAAGAGGAUCCUUCCGGAGAAACACAGUCUUCAGAAAACAAGUCCAGCUGGUCAAUGAUGUCUAAGUCUAGUGCUCUAGCUCAGGAGACCUCUCUUGGUUCCCCUGAGCCCUUGUCUGGUGAACAGUUGGUUGGUUCUCCCCAGGAUAAGGUGGCAGAGGCUGCGAAUGACUAUGAGACUCUUGUAAAGCGUGGAAAAGAACUGAAAGAGUGUGGAAAACUCCAGGAGGCCCUAAACUGUUUAGUUAAAGCGCUCGACAUAAAAAGUGCAGAUCCUGAAGUUAUGCUCUUGACUUUAAGUUUGUAUAAACAGCUUAACACUUGAGAAUGUAACCUGUUUAUUGUAUUUUAAAGUGAAGUAAUAUGAGGAAUUUUGUUUCCAUAAUUGGAUUGUUUGGGAACACGAAGCAUUUAGGGUUAAGGCAAGAAAGAUCUCAAAAAGCAACUUCUGCCCUGCAACUCCCCCCACUCCAUAGUCCGGUAUUCUGAGCACUAGCUUAAUAUUUCUUCACUUGAAUAUUAUAUUUUAGGCAUAUUCUGUAAACUUAACUGUGUUGUUUCUUGGAAAGUUUUGUAAAAUUAUUCUGGCCAUUCUUAAUUUUACUCUGAAAGUGAUAAUCUUUGUAUGUAACAGUUCAGUUAAGAGAAUUAAAGUUACUUUUCUUGUUUUUUCCA